AAUUUUCACCUGAACGGUUCGUCAGUGUGAAUUGUGACUCGGUGUUGGAAUCCGAAAAUUGUGCUCAUGUAAGAUAGAGGGCUAAAUCCGCCAGAAAUAAGGAUUUUUGCCAGAAGUUAGUUUGGUGGACAUUGCCUUUGAAUAAGGGACAACGAUAUUUGUACUAAGGGAUCAAAGUGAAGAAUAAUUGAAGAUACAAAAUGUAUUCGUCCUUCAAAUAUCUUCGUCCAAUUGUGGUUUUUGCAGGAGUUAUCGGAAUGCUGCAAUCGCUACUGUGGAUAGCCUUUGCCAUUACCGCACUCACCGCCUAUUACUGCCACAUGAGCUUCCAAGAUGUAUGGCCGAGUGUAGGAUCCCUCUUCGAGCUCACUUUCUUCCACGUGUACUUCCGUGGACCCUGUGAACUACCCUACUUCCCUCCCAUCGAUUUUGGCAUUGUAGACAACCUGCCCCUUCUAGAUCCCAUCGAUGUCCAUGCAAUGGCCUGGGCCUACCUCAUCAUCUCCUUCUUCUGGCUCAUCAGCUCUCUUACGAUAAUCUUAACUUGUAAGGAGGAGUAUAUAAGAUAUGCAAACAUCUUUCUCUACAUCUGGAUCUUUAUCACCCUUGCGAUCUCGAUCGUGGACAUGGCCCUGGGAAUUCUAUUUGGACUAGAUUAUGGCGUCAUAAUGGAUGAAGCUCAUAGCGUAGGACUCGCAGGAGCUACGAUCAACCAUGCGAUCCUCCUUGCAGCACAAGCAUCCGCAGGGGUUUUGAUGGGAGUGGCAUUCCGGGGAUUUCUCCUGUGGCUCAUUAAUAUUUUCUUAGCUCUCUAUCUCUUCACGCACACUUUCAAGAUUUCCGAUCACAAUCGCAUGAAGAGCGGAGUAGAUAAUGUAACUUUCGCUUCGGAACCGCACUCACUGAAUAGAACAACAGAAAAACCAAUCGACGCAUAUGGAUUUAGCACGCGUCCAACCAGCACCUGGCAAACACCUAGUUCCUUCCAUCCCGAUCGACACCCCGUUGUGGAUGAUCGCGACUACCGACGAGGCGUUGUAUCCACCUACGAACUUCAUCCGCAACAGCAUCACCCACCGCCACCGGUGACUCGACGUCGUGACGAUGACGUAAUCCUACGACGCGAUGCUGCACAGAGUGUAGCUCGUGAGAUUAACCAUCGCAAUAGCUUCAGGAAUGAACCCGGAGUCCCUGCUCCGGACUACAGUCCACCAAUGCCCAGAAGCAAUCCCUAUGAAAAUCGUCCUGCCCUCAAGUCAGCCCUCAGACAGUCGAGGUACCAGUAAUUAAUUUAUUAAUUCAUUGAAUCCACACCAAUUCAGUGACAUUUUCACCCAGAAUAUGAAUAAAAGAAAAUUUGAGGAAA